GCUGUGACAGUAAAGGGAGCAGAGCUGAGAACAGCAGUCUGGUCUCCAGCUCCUGUGCACAGUACUCCUCCCUGACUUCCUAUCCAGACUCCAGGAGAUGGGAUCAGCCUCCUCCUCUGCCUACGUACCAAAGGUUAUCUACUUGGAGAAAGACAAUGUUCCACACAAGAUAAUGUUCAGCAGACAUUGCAGACCCAGUGACAUUAAAGAGCUGUUAUGUACAACUGUUGGCCUUCCCAGGAACACACUGAUCAUGCUCAUGGACCAAAACAAUGCUAUUAUAUCCAUAGACCCAACUAUGCCAACUAACUCAGCAAGUUCUCCUUACAAAGUGGUCCCUCUCAGUGAUAGACAGCUCACAGAAGAAGAAGACUUGAUGCAAAAUGUUCUGACACAAGUUGCCGACCAGUUUUCAAGAAUUUUCAAAGUCAAUGACCUGAAAACUGAAAUCUCAAGCAGGUUGGCAGCAUUGGAAAAGAGGGUUGAAUUGGAAGGUUUAAAGGUGGUGGAAAUAGAGAAAUGUAAGAAUGAUCUGAAGAUACUUAAGGAUGAAUUGUCAUUGAGCAGCAGAUCAAACACAUCUUGCAAACACACAAUCGUGGAGGAGCCUAUAAAACUGACUCUGCAACGUGAUGUUCCAAAAUAUCCAAAGUACACACUCUCUCAGGAGACUAUCGAAGCACUGAAGAAGCCAACUUUUGAUGUGUGGCACUGGGAAUACAAUGAGAUGCUCAGCUGUCUGGAAUACAUGUACCAUGAUCUGGGACUGGUGCAAGAGUUUAACAUGAACCCUAUCACACUGAAACGCUGGCUGCUCAGCAUUCAGGAGAACUAUCGGAACAAUCCCUUCCACAACUUCCGGCACUGUUUCUGUGUGACGCAGAUGAUGUAUGGUAUGAUCCAUCUAUGCAAUCUACAGGAGAGACUGAGUCUGACAGAUUUGGUGAUCUUAAUGACGGGAGCUAUAUGCCAUGAUCUCGAUCACCCUGGAUAUAACAAUGCGUACCAGAUCAAUGCCCGCACUGAGCUUGCUGUCCGUUACAAUGACAUUUCUCCCCUGGAGAACCAUCACUGUGCUGUCGCUUUCCAGAUCCUUUCGCAGCCAGAAUGCAACAUCUUCGCUAAUGUGGACCCAGAAGUCUUCAAACAGAUCAGACAGGGCAUUAUUACACUUAUCUUGGCAACAGACAUGGCUCGACAUGGAGAGAUAUUGGACUCAUUCAAACCAAAAGUUGCCACCUUUGACUUCUUGAAUGAAGAACAUAAGAUCAGUCUGAAAAUGCUUCUCAUCAAAUGCUGUGAUAUUUCCAAUGAAGUGCGGCCGACAGAAGUGGCAGACCCUUGGGUUGAUUGCUUGCUUGAAGAAUACUUUACACAGAGUGACAGGGAGAAAUCUGAAGGUCUCCCAGUAGCUCCAUUCAUGGAUCGUGAUAAGGUUACAAAGCCCACAGCUCAGAUUGGAUUCAUCAAGUUUGUCCUCAUACCAACAUUUGAAACACUGAUGAAAUUAUUCCCACAGAUUGAAGAAGCCAUGGUACAGCCUCUGCGAGAUUCUAGAGAUCGCUAUGAAGAGCUGAAACAGAUUGAUGAUGCCAUGAAUGAGUUGAAGAAGAAAACAGAAAAUAUCCCCCUUGGAUGGAAGAAGAAAUGAUUUCCUUUGAUUACAAACUACACUUACAGUUCUGAAUCUUACAGCUGACUUGAAGAAAAUGUUGGAUAAUGAUCUAACAACUAUCAAAUUGAGUGAAUUCAUGUCAAUUUAUCCUUUAACUACAGCGAAUAGACAAAGAUAAACUGUAAAAUCACAGUUAAACCCAAGCAAAACUUGAAGCAUAAAUCAACAUUUUCCCACUGAAUAUUUUGGAAAUUGGUUGAAUCAUAUUAGGACAUUUUUGUUUUUAAAAGGUUUUGCAGUAUAGGGAAGAACAAAAAUCAGUCAGUCUCAGAAUUUAGGAAAUUUAUACUAAUUUGACAACAAAAAAUCGUCAUUUUUAAUUAGAAGCAAUAGGAAAAGUUGUAUUUGCCUCUGAAGUGGAUUCUCCAACGUACGAGGAACAUUGGUAUUCAGAACUGUAAUAAGUAAACUUCCUUUCCCCCUACCAUUCCGUCACCCUAAUAAAUACUAUUGCAAUUACCCAAAAUUCUGGAACAUUCUUGCAUUGUGCCAAGAGACAUUCAUUGCCAUAGAAUCCCUACAGUGCAGAAACAGGUCAUACGGCCCAUCAAGUCUGCACUAACCCUCCAAAGAGCAUCCCACCCAGACCCGCUCUCCACCAUAUCCCUGUAUUAAUCAUAGCUAAUCUCCCUAGCUUACACAUCUUUGGACACUAUGGGCAAGUUAGCGUAGCCAAUCAAUUUAACAUGCACGUCCUUGGACCGUGGGACGAAACCUGAACAAUCAGAGGAAACCCACAUAGACACAGGGAGAAUGUGCAAGCUCCACACAGACAGUUGCCCAGAUGGAGGAAUUGAACCUACGUCCCUGGUAACGUGAAGCAGCCGUGCUAACCACUGAGCCAUCGUGUGAUCCAGUUGUGGAAAAGCUGCUCAAUGUCCCCACAGUGCUGUCUUUCCUGUUCCUGAGACUGACAGGAUAACUAAAUUAACUACAAACAGAUAAAUGAGAUAUUUUCUGAACCAGCUACAUUUGAAAAGUCAUUCUAUAAAAUCAAUAGCUCAACAACUGAAAAUCACAACCAAUAAUACACCACCUAAAGCAAUAGUUUACUCACCAAUAUGUCUUACUGUCUGUAGAUUUAACGGCACAUCAAAAUAGAUGUAAUUAAUUUUGUAAGACUAGAUUGUUUUCAAUUUAAAUGUGAU